AUGAACGAUCACCAGAAGCGUAAACAUGGCCCCGAUCCCACCAAGUUCGAGUGUCAAUACUGCUCCAAGAAAUUUGAGCUCCGUCAGGGCAGGGACUCGCAUGAGGAGGGCCACACUAAGUUCCAAUGCCCUCGGAACUUAUGUUACAAAACGUUCGAUACUGCAGAAGGGGCAAUCGCCCAUGCAGAAGAUCCUGAUCAUCGUGCAGACCAAGUUCUGUACAAAUGCCCUCUCUCCACUUGCCGUUUAACGGUUGUUGGCAAGGUUCUUAAAAGAACUGAUCUGGUAAAGCACUGGAAAAUACACCAGAAACAGGGUCAUGUUUCUCAAGAUAAAGAACUGGAGUAUAUAACAGCCGAGCAGCCACGGUUCAACGGGAACGUUCCGCUGUUUGUAGCUAUACUAAAGCACAACAAGUCACUGAAAGCCUCGCCUCAUGAGGCCGACAACCUCGUGGAAGAGCCUCUUGAAGAGCAUUAUGAAGACCGCGAAGAAGAGGGCAGCCGUGACCUGGAGGAGGAAGAAGAUGAUGCAGUCCUUGACCGAGACGUCGACAUCCUUCGACAGAAUGAAGAAUGGUGGGAAACCCACAAGGACAGGCCUGUCUGCCUAAAUGCCCGAGGGUACGAAUGUGCUGGGCCAGGCUUGGAAUCCAAAGCCUUCAUUCUCGAACGAUGCCAGGACCGAGCAAUCAUCGACAUGAACACGGCUAUACUCACCAAUAGUCGGGGCCGAAAGGUUCCUACGUUAUCGCUGGACAGCAGAUGCGUGAAAUGUCACGCAGAGAUGAGGAUGAGGCAGCUCACAACGAGGUUUGAUUCGCCUCGGAAGCUUUCUUUCGACCUCGGAAAACUUGGAGAUGACUUCGCAACUGCUGCAUCAAAGCGUUGGAGUUGUCCCCCGCAGUAUGCACAGUAUGAAACAGAAGUCAGGAAACCAGUCAGGGACAUGCGGCUCAAUGGGCAACAUACUGGCCCACGAAAGUUCGUGAUCCUCGAUAACGAAUUCAAUACCACGACUCGCGAGCUAUAUGAAACGGCCAUCAUUGAUCGGAUUACGGGAGAGGUCUUGAUCAACACCGUUAUAAGACACACCGAUGCCACUAAAGCCCCACCGCUUCCUCCAGGUGCCGUCGGGCAGAAGAUGGAAUACAUAGCGGAUCGACACAGGAGAAAGUUUUACCCUCCCAAUGGCGAAUUGACGCAGAUGGAUGUUGACCAGGUUGCUGAAGCUCUUCACAGAUCUGGCAUUACACCAGAGACCAUUUUUAUCUGUUGGCACAACAACAAAUUCGAUCUUACCAUCCUCAGAGAGUUCCUGGAAAAGGGUGGCUACACAGGCAUCGUACCUGGAGAUGAUAAAUGUUUUCCCUUGAUUCCAAUCUUUAAAAAAAAUGUCCCAAAAAGUCUCGUCAUGAGGCUCGAAGUGCUGUUCCAAGUCCUUUAUCCAGCACAUAGCCUGAUUGGACACAACCACAGAGCCCUUCCUGACUGCCAGCAGACACGGUUGGUCUGCGAGUGUUUGGACGAGAUGUUCGAGAAGUCGGACAACCGAUCUGACAGAUGGAAAGCGCAGACCCUCAGACGCUUCUACAAAAAAGCUAUGAUUCAGCAGUCUAUUGCUGACUGGCUUCAGCCAGACAAGAAGCGCAAUGCUGAUAGUCUUGAUGCCAAGGUGUCUGUUGAGAACAAACGUCCGAGAAGGCAGUAA